AAAUGAGGUUCGUGGUUCGAUGAUAGAUGGAGGAGAAAAGCCCAUGGCAGAGGAGAGAAGAAACGGAACGGGACAACCUUGCCGAUUCCCUCGAGCGUCUAUUCACAGACGUUUCCGCCAUGGUCAAAGGCGAUCUCCAGGGAACAAAUAACCAGUUAUUGCUUCUAGAAAAAAUGAACGAUAUGGUGGCAAAAGAGUACAGUGGAUAUGGUGAUGUUGCUUCAGGUCUACGAGUCUUUGUUGAACAGCUGAACGAGAAAAGCCGUAGCUUUGAUGAUUAUGUCUCUCAGAUUGAUGCAAUAGAUCAGCAAGUUAAAGAUUUUGAAGCCGUUGUCUCCAUGCUUGAUAACUAUGUCGCUCAACUGGAGAAGAAAGUCCAAUCUGUUUGCCAUAGUUUGCCAUCUUAGCUAUAUAGAUUACAACAGCCAUCUUACAUUGAAGUUUAGGCUUUGUUUGGGACGGCUUUCUUACUGCUUCUUUAAGUACUAAAAAAUUACUUUGAAAAAGCAGUAAGAAAGCCAUUCCAAACUAAGCCUUUAUUCAAAUACUCUGGAACGAAUUCCAUUCUGUUAAACUUUAAUGAAUUUAUUAGACAUAUCAUUAUGUUAAUAAAGGUCAUAUGCAUAUAAAUUUUAAUAUA